GUUCGCUUGCGACAAGCUGCCGUCAUUGUCAAUGGUGGCAUUGCUAUCUUUGCUGGAAUUAAUCUGUACCGUGGCAAUGAAAAGUUUUAUGAGGAAAUUGCCAUGCCAUUAUUUCGGCUGUUACCGCCUGAGGCGUCACACAGUUUGAGUAUAAAGCUGGCAAAAUACAAGUUAGUGCCCAAAUCACAAGUUGCAGAUUUGCCAUCUCUUGCGACAACUGUGUGGGGGCGAUCAUUCUCAAACCCACUGGGGAUGGCAGCCGGAUACGACAAACAUGGGGAAGCUGUUGAUGGCCUUUUUAAAAUGGGCUUUGGAUUUGUGGAGAUUGGCAGUGUGACCCCUGAACCUCAGGAGGGGAACCCCAAACCUCGAGUGUUUCGGCUGCAGGAGGAUAAGGCAAUAAUUAACAGAUACGGGUUCAACAGCGAGGGACAUGAAGUAGUCUACACAAGACUAAGCAAGAGAAGACCGGACACAGAGUCAUCAACAGGGAAUGGCAUUUUAGGCGUCAACCUUGGUAAAAACAAAACAUCAACAGAUGCUGUCGAAGAUUAUGUGAAAGGGGUCAAUAAGUUUGGCCAGCUGGCAGAUUAUCUGGUGGUGAACAUUUCCAGUCCAAACACACCUGGCCUUCGGGACAUGCAGAGACAAGAGGAGCUCACAGAUCUGCUGAACAAGGUGGUGGAUGCCAGGGACACGCUGCCUGUCUCUCCCAAACCUCCACUGCUGGUGAAGAUAGCCCCUGAUUUGACUGAAGAGGAGAAGACAAAUAUUGCAGCUGUGGUAAGCCGGCCCCAGUGUAAAGUGGAUGGGCUGAUCAUCAGCAACACGACGGUGUCCAGACCAGAGAGCUUGUUGGGCAGACACAAGAGUGAAGCCGGGGGACUCAGUGGCAAACCUCUGAAGGAGAAAUCUCUGGAGACCAUAAGGGACAUGUACAGGCUCACCAAAGGUCAAAUUCCCAUUAUUGGAGUUGGCGGGGUCAGCUGCGGCCAAGAUGCCUACGAGAAAGUUAAGGCGGGAGCCAGCCUCAUACAGCUCUACACUGCCCUGGUCUACCAGGGGCCGCCUGUCAUUGGCAAGAUCAAGAAGGAGAUGGCAGAUCUUCUCAGGUAG